UUACGUGACGCACACGACUCAGUUCCCCGCUCGUCCGUAGACAGUUAAAGAAGCGCUCGCCCUGAAAACAACAUGCACGCUGCCAAAGUUAGCUAGAGGCGGCUAACUUAGCGUUUAAUAAACACAACUUUGUGUGUUACGUCAAUACAACUUUGUGUGUACGGUUAAUUACCUGGAAUGUACCAAUAUAUGAUGCUGUGGGAGUGCAUGUGCUACUAAAACAUGGACAUAUUUAGAGAGGAGCCGGAGUUUACCGACAUCCGAGUGCAAAGGGUUGUGGAUUUGUUUGAGAGUCAACCUGGUUUUCAAAGGAUAGUAAGACUCGGCCUUGUUGCGAAUAUGGAAUACGAUGACGAGCGAGACGUUACAGAUGAUUAUGGAAUUGAAAAUUGGGCACACGAGCAUAACCAUUGCCAGGGAUUCCCGAUGCUCCCUGGUUGGAUUAGUGAAAGGUUGACCCAUACAAGGUCAUCCAGGUCCGUUUAUCAACCCCCGCUGUGUUACUACACUUCAACUUGUGACAUUCCUCGCCCAUCCUCUGUGGAAGUUCAUGCAAGGGAGAGUGACGCUGAAAGAAAAGCCAGAUUAUUAGAAGAAGAGAAAAAAGGCAAAGAAAAAGCUGAGAAGAAGCGACUUAAAAAACAAAAACGGAAAGAAAGAAAACGACUUGAGAAGUUGGAGAAGGAAAAGCAGAACCCCAUAACAACUGAAGAGGGAAAAGAUGUACAGGAUACUAAAGCAGGGGAUAGCCAACCAGCUAACGAUGAAUCCAAAAACAAUACGAUUUCCAGUGUGAAGCAGUCGGCUGGAGCCAAAGACACAGACAGCAGUGACAGUAGUGAGGACGACUCCAGUGGCGAAGAUAGCGACGCCCAGAAGGACUCGGGCGAAUGUGAGGAACUGGACAUGACUAGUACUUUUGUAAAUAAAGCUGCUCUUAUAGCCCGGCGUAAACUGGAGCAGAAGCCCCGGCCUGAGAGGAGGGAGAAAAAGAAGAUCCCGGUUAAAGAAGAAGCAAAAACUAGCCCCGACAAACCUAAUAAAGACCUGGAGGGGGAAAAGAAGGAGUCUGUCGCCCCUAGCAGCCCCACUAAUGUAGAUAACUUAAAAAUAAGUACUGAUCUUGCAGUUAUUGGAAAUAGGUUUGCAAGCGCCGGAGACUUUAAUAUGGCUGUGAAGUAUUUCACGGAUGCAAUAAAGUACAACCCCACGGAGUUUAAGUUGUUUGGAAAUCGCUCCUUCUGUUUUGAGAAGAUGCAAGAGUACGAGAAGGCGUUGACGGACGCGGAGUUGUCCCUCAGCAUGUGGCCAGGCUGGGUUAAAGGCCUGUUCAGGAGGGGCAGAGCUUUGGCGGGUCUAAAGAGGUAUGAGGAGGCCGCCCAAGCCUUCAGGGAGGUGCUCAAACUGGACAGCUCAUGUGCAGACGCCGCCCAGGAGCUGAUGCGGGUGCAGAUAACACAACUCAUGGCGUAUGGUUUCACUCGGGAGCAGAGCUCGAAUGCUUUAAUAAUCCAUGGGACAGUAAAUAAGGCUCUAGAGGUGCUGUCCAAAUUAAACCCUCGACCAGGAGCUAUUCAAAAUGGCCGUCUGCAGCCGGCUCAACUAGCCAAUGUGACCGGAGUGUCUCCGGUCCUGUCGGCCAAUACGGUCCCUGCUCAUCCCCCUCCCUCCCACGAUGCACCGAAAACAGCGUUUAACAGCAAACCUUUAGGCCCAGUCCAGAACAUGAUGAAUGUCCCGAGUCAGCCGAAGCCCGUUCCAAAUCCGUCUGCGAAGACCAGUUAUGAAGACGGUCGUCCACCACAAGAGCUGUUUCCAGUUUGGGUGGGGAACCUGAUUUACCCAGUAACCGAGUCUGUGGUGACCAACAUAUUUAACAAGGCGGGGGUGGUCCAUAGCGUCAAGGUGCUGACAUACAAACGCUGUGCCUUCGUAAACUUUACAAAACAAGAGCAUUGUGAUGAAGCCAUCAGGCGCUUCCAUGGCCUCGAGGUGAACGGCAUGAAGAUCGCGGUGAGGUAUCCAGACAGGAUUCCUCCGGGCAUGGGCAUUUCCAGAUCUGCCCUCAAAGCUGACGACCUGCAAGACGACUACACGCGGCCAAACGAGUACAUCGAUGGGAGGGGGGCAGUUGGAAGCCGAAGACCAUUUCGUCCCUACAGACCCGUCCCCGACUACAGAGGCAACAACAACUACUACUACUGAAGGAAUCGAGACGCUUACGAGCAGGUCCCGAUGCAGAUUAAUAUCACUGGUAUCAACGGAAACGGGGAAACUAACGCUUACGUUUUUUUGUUUUAUAAAAAAAACAAAAAACCUCUUCCUUGAGUUUUUUUAAGUAUUAAUAAGCGAGAAUACCACCUACUGAUUGUUCAUAUGAGCUGAUGUUUACAGGGAAGUACAAAAGCGUCCUGAUGCCAAGAUUAUUAUAAAAACCUGCCAAAUACAUUGGAGGGGGAUAUUUCUAUUUUAAAUGUCAGUAUACAGGGAAAUCUGUUUAGAAUUUACUCAUUUCUUUUACGGUUUUAUUUUUAGACUCGAACGUAGUUUCUACAGCAGACUCCUAUAUUUACGGAAUAAUAACAUAAUUAUGGGUAAAGUUAUGGUAGUAGCAUGACGCCCCAGAAUACAGUAUAACCCGGCUUAAAAAAGCCUCGUUAAUCUUUAAUCUUAAUGUGCAUACAGCUCAGAUGCAGGACUCAUCAUUGGUGUACUUGUACUCAUUGUGAACUUCACAAUGCGGUAUUUCAAAAGUAUCUAAAUUAUCUGUAUUCAGUAUGUAUUUUCAGAGUUAUUGUCAUUACUCACUAAUCUACUAGCGGUACCUUUAUCGCGUCUUGCUCUGUGAUACAACAGGAAGUAUUAGUUGCAUACUUAGUGUAUUGGUCACGGUUGAUUUAGUUGUGCGGUUGAUCAAUCUAGUGGCAUCGUAUUUUAUUCAGAUGCCUUCAGUGUGUUUUUAAUUCAAGAAUUAAAGAUUCUUUCAUACA